GUGAGAUGGAAAGAAAGUAUCAAGGAGUGAGCUGAAGCUACUGCCCUUGAGAACCCUCUUGAGGAGUCUGGGCUCACGAAGAUGCCAGAAUAAGUCGCAGGUAUAUCCUGAAUGAAUGUGAGAUUUUUACUCUGUGAAUUUCCUGUGAGGAGUGUAAGAAGAAAAAGAGCAAAGGUAAGAAGAGAAAAAGAGAAGAAUAUGAAGAAACCCAGCUUGAUGAUGUUGGGGAAAAUGGUUUUAUUGGCCUCAGACAGCUGCUUUAUUAGAUGCAAUGAAGCAGGAGACAUAGAAGCAAAAAGUAAAACAGCAGGAGAAGAAGAAAUGAUCAAGAUUAGAUCCUGCGCUGAAAGAGAAACCAAGAAAAAAGAUGACAUUCCAGAAGAAGACAAAGGAGAUGUAAAACAAUGUGAAAUCAAUUAUGUAAAGAAAUUUCAGAGCUUCCAAGACCACAAAGUUAAAAUACAUAAAGAAGACAGUAAAAUUCCUAAAAAGGCUCAGAAAGAUGGAUUUUUGCAUGAGAUGCUUCUGGACAGGAGAGUGAAGUUGAAACCGACAGAUACUGCAAAUGACUGGGAUUUUUGUUUCUGCCUUAUCUUUUUGUGUUUUUUUCUGAAUAAAAUAUUCAGAGGAAAUGCUUUUACAGAGUUCUUGAGUUGUUGUGAAAUUGUUGUUUAGCUAGUAGCUAGUUUAACUAGGAUUAAGCAAGUUUAAUCAGGAUCAUUCAUGGAUGUACUUUUGAGCUAACUACCGUUUUUCAUAUGGAAAUGAAACUUACGGUACACACUUAACGUACCAAAGAAUUAUUUUCUGGAUUUCCUGUCCUGAAACAUGAAGUGUACUAGAAACCAAUUCUUCCUGCGCUACUUGUGGAAUCUUUCUUACUGGAUCAUAAUCUUACUUUACUUUAUACAACAGAUGCUUAAUCAGUGCCUUUAAUAGGAAGUUAGAAACUCCCAUUCCAAUCAACAAGGCUUUGAUUCUACCUCCUAAGUACUACCCAGGUCACAGACAAUCCAAAUAUCAGAACUAGGGGGCUGGGCAGUGAGGACAAAUCAUCUAUUAGAGAGUGGGACAGAAAGUGGAAACAUUACAAAGAAGCAGGUAGGCUCAGAAGAGAGGCGAGAGUAGUACUGGGAAAACUCCCUACUGAGGACAGGUUUGCCAGAGUGGAUAUGUAUGUGAUGCUUUUGUCCUCGUGGGCUGGAAUGGAAGCUGAUAAAGAAGUUCAGACGCUACAUGUUGCUUAGGUCUGCUUUGUUGAAGCCUGUCUGUUUCAGAGUUCCUAAACACAAUAUUCCCAUGGCAUCUAAUCCCAGUGAGAGCUCCAAAUCCAGGCUGUGUAUCAGAUGCCACGGGAAAUUCUGCCUCAGGACUGAGGUUGGUUCAAGCAUCUGGAUGAUGUCAAAAGUCCACGUUGUGUGCUGGCCUAACCUGAAAGACCCUAUCUAGUCCUAGCCUUUAAAUUCCUUCUGUCAGCAAAUCUAGAGUUACAUGGCAUCUGUACAAGCUAGGUAGCUGAGGCAUGGGAUCAGCCCUAUAAAGGAGCUUUUGAAGCUUUUGUUGUAGGUCUAGCUUCAACUUGGCACUCCAGUUCCAAUAGCUGGACAUUCUCUCAUCGUGUGUUCUGAUCCUUGGAUUGGGAACAAAGUAACCAUUCUGAUCCCACAAAGCAGAGGUUCCGGUUCCCAACUCGUGACUAUUUUGCCUCCCAGGGGACAUUUUUGGUUUUCACAACUGGAAUACGGUGUUAGAGGGUAGAGGCUAGGGAUGCUGCAAAGCAUGUGGCAGAAUCCUGUUCUGCCCAGAAUGCUAACAGUGCCAAGUUUAUGGAGCCUUCCCACCCAGGGGCUUGUUCUAUUCCUUGCUUCUCUCAGCUCCCUAACCCUUAAACACAACAGUUCAAAUCUAUAUGCAUAAGCAUCUCCUAGGGACCUGAACGUUUCCAAUAUCGACUACUGAGACCCAUCCGUAGAGAUGUAGGCUUAGGAGGUCUAGGAUUGGGCUCAAAAUUUGCAUUUUAACAAGUACUCCAGUCAUUCUGAAGCAAGCGAUGCAAACCACACAAUGAGGAAAACCGCCUUCAAGAGACUGAAACUUGCUUGCCAACACUAGCUUGGUAUCUGAGACCAUCUGCCUGCUGACUGGCUUUCCUGUCACAAACAUUCUGCACGUAGGCAACGGGUGUUACUGGACUCCAUGUUAACUCGUUCACCCCUAUGUUCCUUUGGUUCCUGUCCCCAGUGCAGCGAGCAGAACUCAUUGCAGAUCUUGACAACAGAAGUUACAGAUUUAAAAUAACUUGCCUGUUCCCGUGGACUUUAUCCACUAGUGAAGGAGGACAAGUGGACCAGGGGAGAGGGUAGGUGGGGGCGCCUUCACUAUUCCUCCCAUUCAACUUUAUGCAAACCCCAGCUAGACCACUGGGAGAGCAACGGAGGUUAAGAAUGACUGCAUCUAAAUAUUGUCAUCUGGUCCACUCUUCUUCCAUCUUCUACAAAAUGAUAUGAGUUUUGUAUAAAGCACUACUGAAACCAAGAUAAACUCUGGCUUAGCAAGCCCCUGACGGAUCACUCUAGUAAUCUUAUCAAAACCAAGAUUACCUAAAAGCACUAACCAAAGGAAAAGCUCCCUCAACCCAACCUAUGACUGCUCACAUUUUUCAGAUUGAAUCAUUUCAAUUGUAUUUUAAGGUUCAUUGACUCUUUACCACCUCCAAGCUGCUCCUGAACACAAUUGAUUAUUAUUUUUUAAUUUUGAAAUCUUUCUCACUUCUAGAAUUUCCACUUGAGCCUUUGUUAUUAUUGUAGUUUCUUCUAUUCUGCUGUGAUUUCCUAUCCAUUUAUUUUAAGGGUUUUUGGGGUUUUCAUUUUCAUAAGAAUUACAAUAACUACUUUAAAAAUCCACACUAAUUGCAACAUCUUGGUCAUCUCGAGGUCAGUCGCUAUUGAUUGCCUUUUUCUUUGAAUAUGUUUCUUUAUAUGUUUGAUAUAAUGGGAUUGAAUUCUGAAGAUUGUAAAACAAGGUUUUGUUUUGUUUCUCUGAAAAUUUUGUUAAUUUUUGUUGUAUUAGUUGUAUUUUGUUUGAUUUUUUUCUAUUGUAUACUUUACAAUAUAAUUUCCUCCAAUGAUUUUAACAUUUCUAUUUCUCAAAAUAUUUAUGUUUAUGUUAAAAAUUAUACAAAG